AUGGACUUCAGUAAAGGGUUCCGCCAUCCGCUUUCGCCCGUCCGGUUCGAGUGGGACGAUCAUUUCUCCCAGCGUCAGGUCAAAUCUUAUAUUGCGGAAGAUAUCAGGCUACGGCCUGAACCUACAGAGACGAUCACAAGUGCGUUCCUCGAUGUCCGCUCCAGGCCUCUGGACCCUGUCGAUUUCAAUUUCAAGAAGCUGGCGGACUUCCUGAACACGAGUGAUAUUCGAAACCUGAGAAAUACGAAUGCUCCCCAACCACGAUUUCUGGCACUUCUCGACGACCGUCGGGACCCGUGUGGUCUAGAUGAAGGACAAUCUGGCGGCCCGCCCAUCAGCAAUGGGCAGACUAGAAAUUGGAUAUCGGAACAAUACACACGCUUUCCGACCCCUGGCGUGGACAGCUACCGGAGGGUGUUAGAUGAGCGCGGUCUGUACGAUAGGCUGCGCGCAAAUAGGUCGGAGACUCGAGCCGAGCGACGCGUACUGUAA